CUGAUAGGACUGAAUGGGGCGGUGUAUUACGCCUGGGCCACGACCGAGGACGGGCGGUUCAUGCGGAAGAAUUUCAUGGUGAGCGAGGAGGCGCUCGCGCACGGGCGAUGGCACACGAUGUUGACUUCGGCGUUUUCUCAUUUUGAUUUGACGCAUCUGGGAAUGAACAUGAUCGCGCUGUACUUUUUCGGGCGAAGCGUGUGCGAGCGAUUCGGAGGUCGGUAUUUGCUCACGCUGUAUUGCGUCGGGGGCGUCGGGGCUUCGGCCGCGCACGUGGCGUUCGUAGAAGAUAGCGGUGCGAAGCGAGGGUAUUACUUCACUCCCGCCGCUCUCGGAGCGAGCGGGGCGGUGAACGCGAUCGUGGCGUUCGAGGUGUUGCUUUACCCACUGCGGACGAUUUACCUUUACGCGAUCGUACCAGUGCCUAGCAUACUACUAGGAGGUUUAUUCCUCAUGAGAGAUAUCGUGGGCAUUCAAGAU